AGGAUUUUACAAUUUGUAAACUCGCUAUCAAGGUCUUUGCGACGUAAACAGACGACAAACUUCUGACAUGUGGCAAGGCGCAAAUUUUAGAUAAAAACGCAAAUAUGAGAAUACUUGGCGGUCGUAAACUGCUAACUUUGUUGAAGAUUAUUUUUAUCUUUUCGUGUAUUGUAAUAGCUAUAUCAUUCAUUUCAUCUCAAAAGCCUAAGAAACUUGGGGAUAUCAUGCAAUAUCUGGACGAAACAGUAUCCACCGAGAUAUCAAACCCAACUCAAGUUCAUAGUUUUAACUUGGCUUCAGCAUGUUUAUCAAGGAGCAUCUUGGAUAGUAAUGAAGUUAAACUUCAUAGCAACCGAUCAUCUGAUAAAGAAUAUACUCUAACCAUUGGCAUCUCAACAAUUACUCGUGACAAUGGAAACGUAUAUCUCAUGGACACUCUAAGUAGUCUUACUGUGGACCAAACUGUUGGAACUAUAACACCCAACUUCCUUAUUGUAUUACAACUUGGUGAUUCAAGUAAACAAAAACGAAUUCCACUUGCUAAUAAAAUACAGCAGAAAUACAUGUCUCUUGUUAAUGAGGGCACUUUGGACAUUAUACAAGUAUUUCCACCCUACUAUCCUUCGUUUGAAAAACUGAAAAGGAGAUUCAACGACAAUGAAAAAAGAGUAAAAUGGCGUUCAAAACAAGUAAUUGAUUUCUCCUUCCUUUUUUGUUAUUGUUAUGGUUUGAGUAAGUAUCAUUUACAACUGGAAGAUGAUAUUAAAGCUUCACCAUAUUAUUACCCAAAACUUAUGGACUUUAUUGACAGUUAUGAAAACAAAGAAACAUGGUUCACACUUGAUGCCUCAAUGCUUGGCUACAUUGGUAAAGUCUAUCACAAUUAUGACCUCAAUGAAAUUGCAACAUUUUAUUAUAUAUUUUACGAUGAGAUGCCUGUGGAUUGGAUGGAGUAUAAUUGGCGAAACAUAAAGGGACAAGCAGGCCGUUGGAGAUUUCGUGUCGCUUCAUUAUUUGAGCAUUAUGGAGACAUAUCAUCCCUUAGAAGCAAGCCUCAAAAAACAAAUGAAGCCUACUUUGACAAAUACUCACAAAAAUAUCUGGGACAUAACCCCCCUGCUGUGACAAAAACUAAUCUAAUACCAAAAAUGCGAACAAACAUAGACUUUGCAUACAAUCAAGGUGCAAGGUAUUUCUGGGGCACAUGUAAUCACCAGGUGUCUUGCCACAUUGUUAUCAUUUUUCAAAAAGCAAUGUCACUACGAAGUGUUAUUGUUGAAACAGGAGGGAACAUAGCAAUUAAUGAUAGAAUAAAGAGUGGCUGGUUAAAACUAGGCACAACGCCAGAUAAAAACAAUUGCCUACAUUACCACACACCUUUAGGAUCAUUUGUCAGAGGUACACUAGCCAUUGAAUUUAAAACAUUUAAGAAAGUCCGUUGUAUACAGAUAGAAGUACAAUCCCAACAAGAAUGGGUGUUAAUUCGAGAAAUCAAUGUAUGGCCUGGGCAGCAACAGCCGUGAUCUUAAGAAUAAAUCUCAAAUUAAUGACAUUAUGACUGUUUCUGGCAAAGCUUUUAUCAGGAUAGUUAAGAUUGUAUGCUACAUCAGCUACAUUCUUAGCAACAAUAUAUGUGUUUAUAAAACACGGGCGCUGAUUUGUUGAAUUCUCAAAAAUCUAUUUCGUCUAUGCGCGGGAAAUUUAAAUGGCGAAAUAUAAACAGUAUGCAAUUAAAAUUAAUAAGUUUAUCUUUUCAA